AUGAAAUGGGAGAAGUUAAAGCCUCCGGAGCCAGAUGAUCCCAUGUGCUGCUGCGAGUGUGAUAUCUACCAGUACGGAUGCUGCUGUGACUGUGAAGAUCUGGACGAGGCCUUUAACAGGUGGCUGAGACACAAACCCCCUCACAGCGGAUGUCACUCUCCUGUUCUCGGGGCCCUGAUUGACAACCUGGAGAUCUCCAUGAUCCCGGCCCUGGUGCUGCUGCCUCUGCUGCUCUGGGCUGCCUACCUGCUGGGCAUCAUCAUCCUGACAGCUCUGCCCAGCCUGGUCCUCUGGUACUACUACGCCACGCACCGCAAGAGGAGACGCACCCUCUUCUUCCUUACUCUGGCGCCGUUCUCUCUGGCCUACAUGUAUUACCUCUUCAUCACAGAGAUUCUAUCGCGUGGGGACGUCAGCCAUCUGCAGCUGUGCACUGUGACUGCUGGGAUGAUCCUCACCAUCGGAUCUCUCCUUCACACCAAGAGAGGCCCAGGGUUUCACACCACCUCCUAUCACAGCCAGAGUGAGGAGGUUAACAAGGACUCUACACAUCUUAAUGGAUCCAUCCAAUCAGCGGCCUCCUCCUCCUCUCCUCCUGCCCUGACAGAAAAGUGGAGCAGAUGCUCUGUGUGCAAAACAAUGCGACCCCCGCGGGCCGGACACUGUCUAACCUGUGGAUCCUGCGUCAAGCGUCUAGACCACCACUGUGUCUGGUGGGUUGGAUUUGAUAUUAUAACAUCUUUAUACUUCUUUGAAUUGUACAUUCACACCACAUCAUGAAAGUGAAUAUUGAAUUAUGACAGAUUAGAUAACUGCCCUGUAAUUACACAACAACGUUCAUGUCUUAAGCAAAGACUCCUACUGUACCCACUGGUUUCCUCAGGGCCGUGCACAGACAUUUUGGGGAGCGGGGGCUCAAGUGAAAAACUCUUUGCAUCCAAAGAUUGAUUUUUAAAUGGAAACUGCUCCCAGCAAAAAUGUCUUGAAAUGUAAACUUGAACU